ACCAAAGUAAGGACUCAGGCUCGAAAACAAAUGGAGGUAAGGAGCUUGGAAUGGUAACUCCUCAAGACAAGUCCUUGAAGAAGAUGAAGUUUGUUUCAUCUGCUGAGACAGAACCAGCCAGCACGACAAUAAUUUCUAAGGAUUCAAAGUCAGGUCGAGGUAUGAGCACAAUGCCUCGUGUUGUGAAGAGAAAAUUUCAGAAAAUCAAGCCAGUUGUUCAGUACAAUAAAAGAGGGAAAGGAUGUGGCCCUGCACAUACUGAGAUGCAGUCCUACAUUGGUGUGUUGGCACACUCCAGAGUCCCACUUGUGGACAAGAAAUGGGCUGAAAUCCCCAAGGAUAUAAAGGAGCAGAUUUGGGAAGCUGUUGACAUGGUUUUUGUGAUUAGGGAGAAACUUGAGUACAAACAUCGAUUGUCUCGAAAAGGAUAUGCUGGUUUGGAGGAUCAAUUGGAGGAAACCAUGCCUGGGGAUGAAUUGCAAAAACAAGUCUUUGAAGGCAGUGUCAGUGUAUCUGGCAGUAAUGAUGUGUUAACCAUGGCUUUGGGUCCCGAGCAUCCAGGUAGAGUAAGAGGGGUAGGUGGUGGGAUUUCCCCUAGGCAAUACUUCAAUUUACCUAGACAACAGAGGAUAAAGUUUGCUGAUCAAUUAAAGGAAAGUUUAAGAAUUGUCCUUCAAGAAGAGACUAAGAAGAUGGAAGCUAGAUCAAGGGAAGAGACUUUAAGGAUGGAGGCUAAAACCAAGCAAUUGGUACAGGCUGAGAGGGAACAUUUACUAAGUCAGCUUUCCCAACUCAUCCCCAAUUUUGAUCCAAGCAUGUUUAAACCAAAAACUAGCCCCUGUCUAGAGCAAAGUCCCAAAAAUCCAAUGUCUGACAAAGCAAGCUGCUCUGGGGGAGAUGGGAGAUCCCUACAUUUUGAGAAUGAUACUGCCAAAAAUGGGGAAAAGCAGGAAGAAAUGGGUAUUGAAGUAGUUGAUUAUUCAAAGGUGGAGGUGUCAUCUUCCUUACAAUCCCUUUGUCGUUAUGUGGAAACCACACUAACGCCUCAGGAGAAGAUCAUGACCUUUACAAUUGAGAAGGAGGUGUUUGGUGCAGAUCGCAGUACCUUCGUCUUGCCUGAAGAUAUUACACAGUUAGCAGGCAUGGAAGAAAUUGGGGCUACUGUGCUUGUAGUAUAUAUGAGGUGCUUAUAUGAUCAUUUGAAAGAAGCAAAUAUGUUCAACAUGGUUGGCUUUAUCGACCCUGCUCAAAAGACAGAUGGUGAACAGAUUUUCAUGAUGCCUUACAAUCCAGGCCGUCAUUGGGCCUUGUUGAUUGUGAGAGCAAAGAAGGAAACUGUCUAUUUUCUGGAUCCUCUGACCGAAAAUCGUGUGGUUGAUGAGGAGGCCAAAAACAUGGUGAACAGUGCUGUAAAAAUUUAUAAUUCCCACAUAGGCAGACAAGGCCGCAAAGCACCCAUUUGGAAAACUCUGCCAGGCACACCAAAGCAACCCAGCGGUGUCGAAUGCGGGUAUUAUGUCAUGCGCUUCAUGAGAGACAUUAUCAUGGAUCCUUCCUUGGAGUUUGAGAAGAUGGGAAAAGAGCAAGCGCCAUACCCCCAAGCAACCAUUGAUGAAGUCAAGAAUGAAUGGGCAGAGUUUGUUUGCCUUCAUAUGGAGUAG